AUGGAAAGGACAACGUCUCCUCCCGGGGAGCCGCUCGUUCGCGCCCCCGUGGGCAAGCCGAGAUGCCCGCCGGCCAUAUCGCGGCUGCGCGUGGAGAAAGUGGAGGGCGGGCUGGCGGUGGCGGGCGUCGUGGUCGCCGCCAACUGCCAGAUCGUCUUACCGAUAUUCGGCUUCCUGUUCAUGCUCGUCGGAUGUGUGCUAACAGCGGCGUCGUACCGCGGCUGCGGUGAGAACGAGGAGCCCGACCAUUACGCGGCUCGUAUCGCGUUCACCGGCAACUCGCGGGUGCUCGGCCCAGUCUGUAUCGUGGCGGGCGCUCUUAUGACCAUCGCCGGAAUUGUCCUCUGCAUAUUGAUGCGCGCCGCCCAAAAAAGACAACGUCGGCUAGCCUUCCACUGUCCCAUCCACGGAGACUUUUACCCGUUAAGCCCUCAGAACAGUAGAAAAUACUCCCGCAGCCCUAGAGGGCUGUGGCACUGGCUGCGCACGUGGCUGGGCCUGGUGGAGGAAGGGGAGGCGGCGCGCUGUCCCCGAUCCGCAGAGCCCGCGUCCCCUGCGCGCGCUGACGCCCCCUGCCCGCCGCCUUUGCCCUUCCUAGUGCCGUCAGACUCCGUCGUAGGGAUGGCGUCGGUGUUAGGAGCUCCACUUAGUCCUGAACAAACUUUUGGCUCCAUCAAGUCUUUAGCGAUAUCGAGGGAAGUCGCCAGCUUUCCUUUGUCACGGUCUCCUACACCGCCACCUUUAAGCUGCCCGCCAUUCAAAGAGGAAUCGAAGAACCCGAUCGACAGCAUACCGAACGCGAUAAUGGCGCGGCCAGAGAUCGAGCGAGGCGUCCCCGCCUUCAACUACCGCGUAGUCGAGUGCAAAAUAACGACCACCGAUGAAAUUCACCGCAGUGCCCCAACAAGCGCCAGUGUCCACGCCAAAGACAGGCAGAGACCCAGCACAGUCGCCAUCGCCAUACCCGACGAGGGCAAAGGC